AUGAUCCCCAAGAACGAUAUUGAAGAGGCCGCACGCCCAGUGUCCCCCGUUCCGGCGGACCACGACGACUUGCAAAUCACCGCCGACCAGUCUCAUAAGGACAAGCUUCAUCGCGAAACUUAUUCCGGCGCGCUCAUCUUCAACCUCGCCGCCUUCAUCCUCCCAGCCCUUUACGGCACCCUCUCCAAGCUCUGGGUCGCGAACAUCGACUCCAGCCUGGUCGUCACCACAGAUGCGUAUACUUACAUCGGCGUUGUGGCCGAGGUCAUCAAUGAAGGCCUCCCUCGCGCCGCUUGGGUCAUUAUCGGGGACAAGGCCUCGCGCUCCUUGGCCGAGCGUCUACAGCUUACUCACACACUCAUCUUAUUCCAAUCGAUCUUGGGACUUAUCAUGAGUAUUGCCUUCGUGGCUGGAGCAGCGACUUUCGCCAAAGGCUUCGUGCCUGAAGACGUCCGUGACGUGAGCAUCAACUACGUCCGCAUAGGCGCUUUCAGUGCGUUUAGCAGCGCGAUCGAGACAGCUGUAUCCUCCGCCACGAGGGCCCUUGAUCGCCCCGAUGUACCACUCAUCAUCAGCUCAGUCAAGUUCGCCGUGAACAUCGUCCUGGAUUUGUUGAUCAUUUCUAAGGUCCAUGUCGGGUCACACCAGCCGACCGUCAACAUGCAAGCCGGAAUCCAGCUUGCUUGCAACCUUGCAUCAGCGCUGGUUGGACUGGCUUACUUCAUUUGUAGAAACACGCUCAGGUUUGAGAAAGAGAGGGUCUACGAUGCGGACGAUGCAGGGGAGUCGACGCGGCCAAGCGCGAAGUCCUUCUUUAUUCUACUGCGCCCUGGAAUCCUCACUUUCAUCGAAUCUGCCGUCCGCAACGCCUUUUAUCUCUGGCUCGUAAGCAACAUCGUCUCCAUGGGCUCGACAUACGCGACUGCAUGGGGCGUAUUCAAUACCAUCCGAUGGGGCCUCAUCAUGGUCCCAGUACAAGCCCUUGAGCAGACUUCCCUCGCCUUUGUCGGUCACCGAUGGGGAGCUUGGAGACGGAAAGUUGGCAUACGGACCAAGAAUCCAACUGCGAACAAGUCGGAUCUUCUGAAUAUGACACGACCGGCCCUACAAUCUCUCGUCAUCGCGGUCAUCAUCGAGGUACCCAUGUGUUUGUUCCUCACGUACUUCGGAGCCCGUCCCUUUGCGCGGUAUCUCAGCGGCUCGGACGAAGUUGCCGAUGUCACGGAAAUGAUGUGGCGGACCAUUGACUGGUGUUACAUCUUCUAUGCCAUGUCGACGAUGUUGGCGACUGUUUUGCUCGCUACGCGGCCGCGGUGGUACCUCUGGCAGAGUCUGGCGAGCAACUUGCUACGCAAUGUUACUUCCCGAGACCGCACCGGCUGCGUGACCUGUCGCGCCCGGAGGCUCAAGUGCGAUGAGAAGAAACCCAGUUGCAACAACUGUAUCCGAUUGAAUCUUGAGUGCGGUGGAUAUGUGACACCGAUCAAGUUCAAGGACCAGACAGAGCUGUGGAAGAGAAAGCAGAGCAAGAAGCGGGCAGCGAAGGGCGCCGCAACAGAAGCCGCGACAGUGGACAAUGGGGAACCGUCGUCGCCUAUUCCUCCCAGGCGUGGGGAGCCGACAUCACAAUCAUUCCAACCCGCCGGGCAGGUGCUGAAUACCGAGGAAGUCGCUCAUGAUGACACGUUCUUUUCAGCAGACAAUACCCAUGAUUAUCCGACGGGCUCACAAGAGCAAUCUCUCUACGAGGCGGCGGCAUCAUUGGCUCUAAUUUCAGAAGGGAUUCCGCGCGAUACUCUGGCCUUUCAAGAUGAAGAGGUUGGCGAUAGUUCGUCAAUCUUACCCGAUGCCUUCGACUCAACCCCAAUCACGACUAUCAAUGACGGAUCAGAAGGCCACAGUAACGGCAACAAUGAGUCCGGUGGCGUCCGUCACGAGUCGCAACUCUCCAGCUGCACGCCGAUAUACCAGCCACAGCAUUCGCCCCGCGUCUGGGAUCGUGAUUCAGAGGACGCAAACAAGCAGUUGACUUCGGUACCAGUUACACCCGCUGGGUUGCUCGAAAGCGCCAAAUUCGCCGAGGACAUGAUCUACUUCUAUCACCUGAGGGAUAACUCACCCUACGGCAUCCUAUCGAUACUCUCGCUUGACGAUAUUCUGGACGAACAGCAGCUAGACAAGGCCUUUUUCCACGCUGCUCUGGCUUUAUCGGCCCUCGACAUGUCACAGUCAAGCUCAUCAAGCACUUUUGCUAACAAAGCGGCACUUCAAGCGCUUGACCAUUUCGUCACCGCCCUCGGCACCGUCCGCAUGGCUCAAUUGAACGAUGACGGUGUCGCCACGGGCUGCCCAUCGAAUCAAGACAAUGCGAUCUCAUGGCUAGCAACAGUCCUCCUUUUGGCCAACUUCGAGCUUCAGCGAGGGCAAAUGAAGCUGUGGUAUAUCCAUAGCCGCGCGGCAGUCACCUUUCUCUCCCAGCACCUCAACCGGGUGCGAGAAUCUCCUGUUGGAGAGUCACUCAUCCGAACCUUUUCCCGCAUCGCAGCCCUCUUGGACAUCUUUGACCGAGCCUACUCCGUCCGAUAUAGCAUAGUAUCACCAGAAGUAUCGGAUUCGUUGACCACGUCGCUAGUCAACUCUCCUCAAUCCGCCGACCGGCUGCUAUACAUCCUGCCUCGAGUCAUUAAACUCGAAGAAGAAUGGCGUAGCAAUCCCCAACAUGACCUACACUGGCGAGGGCAAGCCGAAGAUCUCAUACAAGAGUUGAAGGCUUGGAGAAAUACCUUGGAUGAUUGCGAUGUCCCCCUCCUGUAUGAGCAUACCGCAAACCCUUAUGAUGAAAACGCCACAGGCCCGGGACUCGCGAUCCGUCCACUCAGUAUCCCUCGAGCAAGACAGCCCGUCAAAGCAGCCACGACGUUCAUGCACUACUUGAUAUCUCUGCUACGGUUGGAAACCCGGUACCUUCCUGGAGCAGGCAGAGAACUACCUCCGAACGCCGAGAAGAUAAUCCUCCUCGUGUGCAGGUUAGCAGCGGGCGUGCCCUACACCUCAUGCGCCGCUGUCAACGCCUAUGGCCAUGGCAUGCUGCCGGCAAUGAUGAAUGCGUAUUACAUGGCGGAAGACCAAGACGUGAAAGACUGGGUCAAGAACUGGAUCGCCGGGUUCCCGAGAGACAGGGAGGGUAUUUGGCACGUCCGCCACGCGCAUCGGGUGUUGAACUACGUGGACCAGGAGUAUACCCGUCGCGGUUCACGACACAACUGGGAGAUCAUCAAAGUCCGCCUGGUCGACCUCGAAGAUGACGCCACGCCACAGGAUGACGAUGGCGCCGAUGAGAGGGAUCCCGAUCGGUUCUCGGUGGAGGUGUAUUCGAGGUGCAAGCGGGGGUGGAGCAUCGACUUUGUAGAAAUACCAUAA